UAGUAUGCUUCUCAGACUGUCCGUGCCGCGCUGUCACGCCUCGCCGCUGCUCCACGGUCUCCCCCGGUGCCGCGGUGGUGCCUUGUAAACCGAGCUGAGUCGCUUCUCCUCCGGCGUCGCAUACUCGGGUGUCUUGCUGUGCCCCCCUAAACCCCCGUUGAUCACCGUGCCCCCAAACUUCCAUGCUCAUUAUAUUUUAAUCCCGCCACCGAUUUCGCACUCAAUUGGAUAUUCAAAUCGAUCCUAGGAGGUUUUUAUUUAUUUUUUCGAACGGAGAAGCUACCGGGAGUCAUGAGCGGACGCGGGGACGAGACCGGUGAGAGCUCCCAGGAGCCGGCAGGAGCCGUGGAGCCCCAAAAGAGGAGACCGGGGAGACCGAGGAAACUCCAAAAAGAGCCGAGCGGAGAACCUGUCCCCAAGCGACCAAGGGGCCGCCCAAAAGGAAGUAAAAACAAGGGCCCCUCCAAGGCAGCUCAGAGGAAAGCCGAGGCAACUGGGGAGAAAAGACGCAGGGGGCGACCCAGGAAAUGGCCACAGCAAGUCGUCCAGAAAACACCCGCUCAGGAAGAAGAAGAGGAGGAGGAGGAAGAAGAAGAAGAGGCUGGGGAGUCCCCGGAGGAAGAUUAAACUUCCGUACCAUGAAAGCUCUACCUCAUUCAGCUGUCAGGUCUUUCAAAGGGAAAAGACUACCUUGACCACUUGUUUUUUAACCUUUUCCACAUGUCAUUUUACUUUUUAUUUCAGUCCACGUUCAGUAUUUCACUUUCUCACUGGACGCAGGGACAGAUACACCUAUGACACUGUUAGAGACGCGUUUGAUCUCAACAGUCUCCGAAAGUAUUUUUUGUCAUUGAGAAACACAGAACGCAGGUCUUUGAUUCCAAAUAAUAGAGUCAUCUACAAAUUGUUGGACCACCAAGGACAGGGAGACACUCUUUCCUCAGGGCAGUUGAAAAUCAUGUUGACCUAAAACCAAGCGUAAUCAAGUUCCUUACUCAGGUUUUAUAAUUUUAAAACCUUUCACCCCAUUGAAAUAUAGGGAAUACCAGAAGCGAAAUCUCCAACAUAGACUUCAAAACCUAUUGACAUGACACGGAAAAAAGGGCCGAUUCGUACGGGGCCUAUUUUCAAAAACAAAACCAAAUCUGCUACAGAACUAAAACCAAAACAGGCACCUACCUUAGCCAUAUACAAGUCUCCAUGAGCAGCAACAUCAAAAAAUUCAAAGUCGUUCCCUAAUAAAAUCCCGAUUAAUUUUUUGUUUGUAUAACACAACUUAAAAUGGCUAUAAAAGUCUCAGUUUUUACACUAGAUGCACAAAAAUCACCAAUAAUCACCUAUAUUUUCAGGAUAAAUAGCAAUAUUUAACAUAUCCUAUCAGUUUUUGACCAAAAUAGCAACUUGAUUUAAAAAAAAAAAAAAAAUUUACUGCAAGUUUUCAACAGCUAAUAGAGCACUCAAUUUAACAUUAGAAACUUAAUACUUGAGGAAAACAUGCAGAAUCAAUUAUAAUAUAUAAAUAGAUUCCAUAUACAAUCACAACUUAUUAUAGAACAGAAUAGCCCAUUAUUAUCAUUACACACUAUAUACUGUUAGUGAAUGAGGCUAGCAGCUGCCUGACGUAAACAGCUUUUCUGGCGAAAAUUCUUGUGAAUAAAUGCUUAAAUCUCCGAAUUCUUCAUAGAUAUGGACGUAAAACAGUUUUGAUUCUUGGUUAAAAGUAAAAAAAAAAAAAACGUGCACUUAGCGUUUAUUUUUAGUAUAUAUGUCAAAGUACAAUGCUACUGUGUUAGCGGAUAAGGCUAGCGGCCGCCUGACGUAAACAGAGCUUUUCUGGUGAAAAUUCUUGUGAAUAAAUGCUUAAAUCCCUGAAUUCUUUAUAGAUAUGAACGUAAAGCAGUCUCGUUUCUUGGUUGAAAGCAAAAAAAAAAAAAAACCCCAAAAAAACCUGGCAGUUAGCGUUCAUUUGACAUAUAUAUGUCAAAGUACAAUGCUACUCUGUUAGCGAAUGAGGCUAGCAGCCGCCUGACGUAAACAGAGCUUUUUAAGCAAAAAUUCUUGUGAAUAAAUGCUUAAAUCCCUUAAUUCUUUAUAGAUAUGGACAUAAAACAGUCUCGAUUCUUGGUUCAAAGCAAAGAAACCGUGCAGUUAGUGUUUAUUUUACGUAUAUACAGUAUGUCGAAGUACAAUGCUACUCUGCUAGCGAAUGAGGCUAGCGGCCGCCUGACGCAAACAGAGCUUUUCUGGCAUAAAUUCUUGUGAAUAAAUGCUUAAAUCCCCAAAUUCUUCAUAGAUAUGGACAUAAAACAGUCUUGAUUCUUGGUCAAAAGCAAAGAAACCAUGCAGUUAGUGUUUAUUUUACAUAUAUAUAUCAAAGUACAAUGCUACUCUAUUAGCGAAUGAGGCUAGCGGCCUCCUGGUGUAAACAGCUUUUUUGGCAAAAAUUCUUGUGAAUAAAUGCUUAAAUCCCUGAAUUCUUUAUAGAUAUGGACGUAAAACAGUCUCGAUUCUUGGUUGAAAGCAAAAAAAAAAAAAAAAACGUGCAGGUAGCAUUUCUUUCGCGUAAAUAUUGCCAAGUAUGAGGCUAGUCAGUUUCAAAAAUUAGCUGCCUCCAUGUGUAAACAAAGAAGAAAAUUCCUGCGAAUAAAUGCUUCAAUCACAGAAUUUUAUUGUAGAUAUGGACGUAAAAUUGUCUCGAUUUUUUUUUGUUAAAAGCGAAAAAACUGGCAGUUAUGCAUCUGUUUUACGUAUAUAUGUCGAAGAAUCACGCCAACGCCGUAGCAGUUCCCAUUCUCCCAUUGAUUUUUUUUUUCACGUCUCAAAAUGCAUGCAUGGUACGAAUAUUUUCCUUAAAUCCUGGAACAAAUCACUCUUGAGACAACCCUUCUGUUUAUAUGCGGUACAGCUUUCGUAGUUCAAAAAUCCAAGCUUGAAUCCAGCUUAGACAUGAGCGUGUCUUCACCUUACUAUACUAAAUGAAGCUCGGCCCCCUCUGAUAAGCCGUGACGCAAAGAAUGAUGAAUUGUCACGUCAAUAGGUAAUGAAGUCUAUGUCUCCGAUUGACAGGGAUUGACUAAAAAUUACACGACGAAAAGCAAUUCAUCAUCUAAAAUGAGGUUAUAACAUUGACCAGGUAACGAAGUAAGUCGUUCUCAACAUUCCUAUACCUCAAAUAUUGAUUCUAAAGCUUUACAUUUUGACUGACUUGAACUUCAAACAUGCUUUAAUUGCUCUGUUCUUGGUGGGAUCCCAGCUCUGGUUCAUAACUAAACUUGUUGCAUCCGACUACUGCUCAGCACAUGGUUUAUUUCGCUUGGUUCGUGGCUUAAGUUUUCUCCAUAUGCUCAACAUAGCUUUAAACUUUCAUUGUUUAACAUCGCACUGUAAUGAUAUCUCCUUUGACAGUUUGUCUUGCAAAAAUAACCUCAAGAAAGAACAAACGCCUUACCUCAGAACACACAAGAUACCUGGAUUAUUCGUGGCAGCGCCGCAUCGGACAUCUCAUCUCACACUGUAACGUGCUUGAAUGUCAGUGCUUUCUGGUCACUGAUGCGCAGCCUUCUCGACGGUUUUUUGCAAACUACCUCCGACUCGGCACAAUCCUCUUUUGAAAAUGCGCGCUGUCACCAAAGCACACUCGAAGCAGCGCACAGGAAGGGCAGUGUGCGUUCACGUGUUUAUGUUCUGGAACUUACUUUGUGAUACUGUACAUUGAAAAGCGAGGUCAUAUUUGUUGAUGUCUUCUCGUGAAGAAACUGCAUUUUUGCCUGCAACUGCUUUGUUCAAUCAGGUGAAUCCGGAACGGUCGAUAAAGAAGCUUGAGUCAGGUUCAACUUUCCUCAAUGUUAGCUGUUGUUGGUAAAGAGUCAGUGGUCUGCAGCUUACGUUCUUUCACUCCCUUCGAUGUUACUCUAGAUCAGGGUCCCCAAACUUUUUCCUGCGAGGGCCUCAUAACUUUUCCCUUCUCUAAAGAGGGCCCGGGGUCAGUUUGUAACAGAAAAAGUGUGAAGAUUGCAGGAGUGCCUAAAUGUAAAAAAAAUAUUGUUUUUCAGAAAGCCACAAUCAAAUAACCCUUUCUGGACUCUUCACGGAACAAAAGUAAAUAUAAAAAAAAUAAAAAAAAUAAUAUAAUAUAAUUAGGGCUGUCAAAAUUAUCGCGUUAACGGGCGGUAAUUAAUUUUUUAAACACGUUAAAAUAUUUGACGCAAUUAACGCACAUGCCCCGCUUAAAUAGAUUAAAAUGUACAGUACAGUGUAAUGUCCGCUUGUUACUUGUUUAUGGCGCUUGGGUCCAACUGAUUUUAUGGGUUAGUACCAUGAGUGAGCAUGGUGUAAUUAUUGACAUCAACAAUGGCGAGCUACUAGUUUAUUUUUUGAUUGAAAAUUUUACAAAUUUUAAUAAAACGAAAACAUUAAGGGGGGUUUUAAUUAGGGGUGUCAAACGAUUAAAAUUUUUAAUCGAGUUGUUUACAGCUUAUAAAUUAAUUAACCGUAAUUAAUCGCAAUUCAAACCAUCUAUAAAAUAUGCCAUAUUUUUUAGUAAAUUAUUGUUGGAAUGGAAAGAUAAGACACAAGAUGGAUAUAUACAUUCAACAUACGAUACAUAAGGACUGUAUUUCUUUAUUAUAACAAUAAAUCAACAAUAUGGCAUUACCAUUAUUAACAUUCUGUUAAAGCGAUCCAUGGAUAGAAAGACUUGUAGUUCUUAAAAGAUAAAUGUUAGUACAAGUAAUUGAAAUUUUAUAUCAAAACCCCUCUUCCUGUUUUGGUUUUAAUAAAAUUUGUAAAAUUUUCAAUCAAAAAGUAAACUAGUCGCCCGCCAUUGUUGAUGUCAAUAAUUACUUACACAAUGCUCAUGGGUGCUGAAGCCUAUAAAAUCAGUCGCACCCAAGCGCCAGCAGAGGGCGGCAAAACUCCAAAAAACACAACAAGUACACCUUUCACUGUGCUCUCAUUUUAAUCAGUUUGAGCGGGGCAUUUGUGCGUUAAUUGCGUCAAAUAUUUUAACGGGAUUAAUUUCAAAAAUUUAUUACCGCUCGUUAACGCUAUAAUUUUGACAGCCCUAGUUUUAAUAUAACAUUUCUAUAACUUGUACUUACAUUUAUCUUUUAAGAACUACAAGUCUUUCUAUCCAUGGAUCGCUUUAAGAGAAUGUUGAUAAUGUUAAUGCCAUCUUGUUGAUUUAUUGUUAUAAUAAACAAAUACAGUACUUAUGUACAAUAUGUUGAGUGUAUAGAUCCGUCUUGUGUCUUAUCUUUCCAUUCCAACAAUAAUUUACAGAAAAAUAUGGCAUAUUUUAUGGAUGGUUUGAAUUGCGAUGAAUUACAAUUAAUUAAUUUUUAAGCUGUAAUUAACUCGAUUAAAAAUGUUAAUCGUUUGACAGCCCUAAAUAUAAUAAUAACACUAUUAAUUAAAUAGAUACAGUAAUAACCAAAUAACCCUCUCUGGGUUCUUCACAGAAAAAGCCAGGAAAUAAAUAACACAAGUUAAAAAAAACAAAAAAAUGUUCAGGGGGCCGGACCAAAUUUGGAGGCGGGCCGUAUCUGGCCGUAGUUUGGGGACCCCUGCUCUAGCUCUACAUGAUAAUGCAACAUUUUCCUCAAUUUCUCUUUGACAAACGUUAACUUGAAUGUUUUGUUUUUAAUGGGUAGGACAGUUUUGUUUUUUGUUUUCCCCUUUUCCUGAUUGUACUACCUACAGUAUCAAUGAACCUUACCUCAAAAAGUGUCAGUUAACAACGGACUAACAAAUUCGCUACCUCCAUUCUUGACCAGGUUUACUUUCAGUAUGAGCAAUGCUGACUUACGUAUGUUAAUAAUUGACAGUGUAUCAGGACUGCAGAAGCUCCUCAUUUUGAAAGUGCUUUGUUUAAUCUCAGUACGUUUCUCACAAUUAUGUGGCUAUCAGAUUUGAAUAUUGUAUUCAUGACUGUUUUCUUGGCUGUAUACUUGAUUAGGUGUCUCAUGUAUGCGAAAAUGAUUUUGUUUUUCUUCUCUCGUUCAACCAGAUGUAUAUGGGUUUGCUUUAUAUUUUGGGAGAUGCUAUACCAUUUUUCAGCUAAGGCCAGAGGUAGAGCCUAGAAGGGAGCCGCUGUCAUCCCUUCAACCCGCUUUCUUGUGACAGUCUUUCAAUGGCAUUGCCUUGCUAUAUUCAAAUAAACUGAUUUUUGUUUGUUUAAAGGCAUUUAUACAGUCUUACUGUUAACUCGGCGUUUUUUCCUGACAUCACUGUCAAACCAUCAGCUCUGGGAGCCUUAAAAAAAGUUAGUCAUCAUAUAUUCUAUUCUAUUCUAGUACAAUCAGAUACACGUUACUACCUCUCAAAAGGCCUAUUUUUACCUCAAUAUCAAACCUAGAUACUGUUCUGACAUGUAGAGAGCAUUGGGUGAACAUCUUGAAAUGUUUAUUUUUGCCGGGAUACAUUUUAUAUGUCUGUUUUCUAUUGACCUCAACUGAACUUGUAACUUUGAUUGUGUAGUAGAAGCUGGAAGGCACGUGAUUAGAUUUUUCCAACCUCUCUCCUCUGUUUUUUUUUCCUUCGAAAGCAUCUAACGUUUAAAAUAUCUAACUUUUUGGUGUUGUUUCCUCUAUCCACUUACUGUCUUGGAUUACACGACUAUUUUUACUCGCUUGCAAAACGUCUUUAUCGAUAUUCACUGCGUUUUA